CGUAUGGGGGCGUCUCGAUCAGGUUUCACAGGCUACAAAUAUCCCCUCGGAACUUUUUACACUCCAGGGUCAUUAACCAAUAAGCACAGACUGCAACUGGAGUGUCUUUGAUGACUUUGCACACAGACGUCGAGGGACAAGAACUUCAGUACAGACAUGAGUCAAGUCUUGGACAUCGAGUGCUGUGAUCUGGACAUCAAGAAUAACAGCAGGUAUCAUCAUACAGAGCAGUGUGGGGAGGAGCGCUUGAUUGUCAGAAGAGGACAGCCUUUCGAUGUUAUUUUACAUCUGAAAGCUGGAAGUCAUGAGUUCCAAGCAAGUGAAACAAGCUUCACACUCAUUGUUGAAACUGGUCCAUUGCCCAGAAAAGAGUCUGACACCAAGGUUUGCUUUGGUCUCCAUGUCUCCACGGUGGACACUGAGUGGAGCGCCUGUGCCACUAGUGAUCCCUCUAGAAACACAGUGUGUGUGACAAUCUGUUCCUCCCCCAAUGCCCCAAUAGGAGUCUAUUCUCUGACUAUGGACCAGGAGGGGCAGAAGACCAGUUUAGGACAAUUCACCCUUCUUUUUAAUGCGUGGUGCCCCCUGGAUGCUGUUUACAUGCAAAGUGAGAUGAAGAGGCAGGAGUAUGUUUUAGCUCAACAUGGGGAGGUCUACAGAGGAACAUACAAACGGAUCAAAGGGACACCCUGGAACUUUGGACAGUUUGAACCAGGAAUACUGGAUAUCUGUCUGAAGAUCCUGGAUGACAACCCCAAAUUUGUGUCUGAUGCCAAUGAGGACUGCUCUGCCAGGAGAAAUCCCAUCUAUGUGACCAGAGUGCUGAGUGCCAUGAUCAACAGUAAUGAUGACAGUGGUGUGCUGGUGGGAAAUUGGGGAGAGAUUUCAGAUGGGGUUCAUCCAGGCCAGUGGAUUGGCAGUGGAGACAUUCUCCAUCAAUGGGCUGAAAGUGGCCCCGUCCGCUACGGCCAGUGUUGGGUCUUUGCUGCUGUUGCGUGCACAGUGUCCCGUGCCCUGGGCAUCCCGUGUCGAGUGGUUACUAACUUUGGAUCGGCUCAUGAUACUGACGCCAACCUGGUGAUAGAAAACUUCUAUGAUGAAGACGGUGAGAGAAUAUCUGAAGGUGAUUCUAUAUGGAACUUCCAUGUUUGGGUGGAUAGCUGGAUGACUCGCCCAGACUUAGGACAGAAAUUUGAUGGUUGGCAAACCAGUGAUCCAACCCCACAAGAGACAAGUGAAGGUAUUUUCUGUUGUGGACCAGCCUCACUGACGGCUAUCAGGGAAGGAGAGCUGACCAUGAAGUAUGAUGUUCCCUUUAUUUUUGCAGAGGUUAAUGCAGAUGUUGUGGACAUGGUGCGCCUGUCAGAUGGACAAUUUGUCAAGUUCAGUGGAUCAACAAAGUCUGUUGGACGUUACAUCAGCACCAAAGCUGUGGGCUCAGAUAAGAGGCACGAUAUCACACACCAGUACAAGUAUACUGAAGGUUCGAAGGAGGAGAGGCAGGUGUAUGAGAAGGCCCAGCACCACAACAAGCUACAGCAGCGAGGAGAAGAGCCAGGGCUCCAUCUUAAGAUCAAGCUUGCUGAUAACAUGAUUGUGGGCUCAGACUUUGAGGUGUGCGCUGUUCUCACUAAUAACUGCAUAGAGGCAAAGUCCUGCACAUUCCUGUUCUUCGCCAACACUGUCGGCUACAACGGAAAACCAGGAGAGGGCUGUGGCUUCUCUUCAGACAAAGUGGACGUGCCCCCUGGAGAAGAGAGGCUUCUGUAUCUCACAGUGAAGUAUGACAGUUAUGGAUCAGUGAUCACCUCUGACCGGCUGAUCCAGCUGUCAGCCAUCACCAUCGACAAGCAAACCAUUGACUACCACAAGGCUGAGAAGACCAUUGUGUUAGAUGAGCCUGAGAUAGAAAUCAAGCUGGAAGGAGAAGUCAGAGUAAACCAGUGUGUGACAGCAGAGCUCAGCUUGAUGAACCCUUUACCAGAGCCACUGCAGGACUGCAGCUUCACAAUAGAGGGGGUCGGCCUCACUGACAGCAAGCCCAUAAAAGUGACGAUGGAAGAUGUGGGCCCCAGACAAGAGGCCAAAGCCAGUGUUGGAUUCUGUCCCAGCAUUACUGGCUCCAACGUGCUCCUGGUGAACUUUGACAGUGACAAACUGAAGAACAUUAGGAGCUUCAUCAAUGUAACUGUGGAGGAAAGAGCUUGUACAGAAAUCUAAAAGCACUGAAAGCUUUUUUACAAAGUUGUUCUUUGGACUACACAGGUUCACUCUUAACAUACUGCCAUGAAUUUCUUUUAA